AUGAGAUAUAAGGACCUUGAACUUCCUGGUGAUCAGAAGAGGAAUGCAAUUCAUUGUUCAAAAUCCAAAAUCACGGGCUCUAAAGCUAGUAUGGCUUCUAUACUUUAUGUCCUCAUUGUAUUCGGCACGAAGUUCUUUAUGCGGAAUCGUCCACCAUUCUCACUUUUCGUCCCACUGAACAUUUGGAACUUUUCUCUGGCAGCAUUUUCCAUUAUGGGGAUGAUUAAGCUGACGCCGGAGUUUUGGGGUACCAUUGCCACAAAAGGAUUCCAAAACAAGCAAAUGGAACAUCCGAUGGUGCAGCGUCUGCUAGACGUGAAAUUCGACGUCAAGCGCUUUGUCUCACUUGUCACCCAUGGCGGUGAGAAUUUUCCGGAUAAGGAAGGACGGAAGUUCAUUGCUGACCACUUCGACAUUACUAUUCAGGCUUCUAUACUUUAUGUCCUCAUUGUAUUCGGCACGAAGUUCUUUAUGCGGAAUCGUCCACCAUUCUCACUUUUCGUCCCACUGAACAUUUGGAACUUUUCUCUGGCAGCAUUUUCCAUUAUGGGGAUGAUUAAGCUGACGCCGGAGUUUUGGGGUACCAUUGCCACAAAAGGAUUCCAAAAUUCCUACUGCUUCGCAUAUGAUUUUACGAAAGGCGAAAAUGGAUAUUGGGUGUUCCUUUUCAUUGUGUCAAAACUUUUCGAGCUCGUUGAUACCAUAUUCAUUGUUCUUCGGAAACGACCACUGAUGUUCCUUCAUUGGUAUCACCACAUCCUCACUGGUAUAUACGCCUUCUAUUCUCAUCCUCACACUCCCGGUUUUAAUCGAUAUGGAAUCUACCUCAACUACUGUGUCCAUGCAUUCAUGUAUAGCUACUACUUCCUACGCUCAAUGAAAAUUAGCGUUCCCGGUAUUGUCGCCAAGUUCAUAACCACGUUACAAAUACUUCAGUUUGUGAUUUCGUGCACCAUUUUGGCACAUAUUGCUUAUCUCGUACACAUCGUUGGGAUCCCCUGUGAUUUCGACCAUAACAUCUUCAUUUUGGCAACAUUCAUGGACACGACGUACUUGAUCCUCUUCAUUAACUUCUUCUUGAAAUCCUAUGUGUUGCGUGGUGGUAAAGCUAAAUACCAAGCAGUUCAAACAAAGUCGAAGAAGACGAACUAA